AUGGGUAUUGGCAUAUUAAACAGGUCUUAUAUGGAUAGUGAGUAUAUAUUUGGGGUGUAUCGACAUCUUCGUGAUUUAGAAGUAAAUUCAUUAAAAAGAUUUUCUUGUUUAACAAGCAGAAGAAGAAUUCUAUUUAAUCUUGGAUUAUCUCCUAAGGCAUGGGGCUUUAUACCUACAUUAGGUCUCUCCUUCUCUCUUGCUCGUCUUCGUGGCUCCUUAGGAACUUUCUUAGCCCUUACUGGCCAUGAGCUUAAGGGAGCAGAUCUAGUGACUAUGCAAGUAUUGGGUAUCACCAGAGGCAUUUCCCUUCAUGGAGUUAACAGCAGAAAUGAAUAUUCUCUUGAUAGAUGGGAAGAAGUUAUUCAUGAACAUUUCAAUUAUGAUACUCUAGAGGAAAUAUUAGAUGCAUUAGAUGCAACAGCAAGCAACAGCAGCAAAGUGCUGCUGCGCCCCUCCAUGCCGCCGCAGCAGCAGCAAGCAGCAUGGGCAGCAGCAACAGCAGCAAGACUGCGGCAAAGGUCUCCAUUAGCUCAAAAGCUAACCCUAGAGUUGCUACGUAGACAGAAGAGACUGCAACAGGAAAUCCUUGAGGAUGCGGGCAUUACUCCUUAUGAAUGGCAGAAGUAA